CCCACCACCUUCUCCUCUUCUUUCAUCUCUCACUUUUUCUGCUCUUCUUUUUCCACAAAACCCCACCAACAAGACAUGCCCAAAACUCAUCCUUAUAUACAUUCUUCCAGUCUCCCAAUCACCAAAACCAAACCAAAAAAAAAUGGAAACUCUUGUGCCAAAAUUCUUCUUAUUAUUCCUCUUCGUUUACCUCUUCGGCUACUUCAUCAUCUUCCGCAAGUGGAGCCCCAAGAUCCGACCCGAAGCCUCCAGCUGUUUCAUUUCCAUCUUCCACGGCACUCCGGCGACGCUCCUCGCCGCCGCUGCAAUCCUCUCCGCCGCAGACCGAGGCUUCGCCGCCGAAAACACGAAAUUCCAGAGCCUCGUGCUGGACUUCAGCGUCGCCUACUUCGCCGCCGACCUCCUCCACCUCGCCGUCUUCUUCGCCGGCGCUGGGGACCUCCCCUUCGUCAUCCACCACCUCGCCACGCUCUUCGUGCUUCUCACGUGCCGCCAUGCGGCCUCGCGCGGGGCGGUGGCGGUGCUUGCCCUCCUUGCCCUCGCCGAGGUCACCAGCGCGUUGCAGAACACGUGGGCCCUGGCGCGUGUGCGGAGGAGCAAUUGCUCCUCCUCCACACACGUGGCGACGGCAUGCGACGCCGCGCUGGCGUUGCCGUUUUAUGGGUUGUAUUCGAUUGUACGAGGUUUGUUGGGGCCUUACGUUGUUUUCAGAAUGGUGGUGUUUUAUUCGGGUGGAGGCGCUGAGGGUGCUAUUGCCACAUGGGUUUGGGUUUCUUGGGUUGUUGUGGUGUCCAUGGCCAUUGCUGGGAGCGUUGCGUGGGUUUCGAAUCUCUGGGUUGAAGUGUACAGAGAAAGGUCGAGGAAAGUUGAGGAGAAAAUUAGAUAGUGGCGUGGUUAUUGAAUUUUUGGUUUUUGGGUGUUAGCAACUAAAUCCUUGCAUGUUGUGUCAAAUGUUUGUAUUUAUUUGUUCUCUGAAUAAAUAUUUUGGGUAUGAUCAA